AUGCGAAUCAACAGCCUGCGACGUGGGUGGAUUACCUGCCUCUCGCCGAGUUCGCCUACAACAACACGAAGCACGUGUCCACGGGGGUCACGCCGUUCUUCGCCAACAACGGGAGGCACCCCAGAACCUUCCCGGGACUGGAAAGAAUGGGGAGGGGAGCCGCAGACAGCAGAUGCAUUCGCGUCGGAGUUGCAGGAGGUCCACGAUCAGCUGCGGCGGCACCUGGAGCUGGCUAAACACGCAUACAAGGUACAAGCGGACAAACACAGAAGGGUUGGCGAAGAGAUCCAUGUGGGAGACUGGGUCUGGUUAGCAGCCCACGCAGUGCCGGCCAGGUCGUUGGCGAAGAAGAAACUAGGGCAUAAACAACUGGGGCCCUACCAAGUCGAAGAACAGGUCAACCCGGUGGCUUUCAGGCUGGCUCUUCCGGAGGGUUCCAGAAUGCAUCCGGUGUUCCACAGAUCGGUGCUCACUCCAUACAAGGCACCUCACAGGUUUCAGGAACCAGGAACGGCACCGGGUCCGCUCCGAGAGAGAACCGGGCAGGGGGGAGUGGCACGGGAGGAGCGCAUCAACGAAGCCACGGAGAUUUUGGACUCCAGAUGGGGGGAAGAGGGGGUAGAAUACCUUCUCGCCAAGGAGGGCACCCCGGCCAGUGCCAACAGCUGGGUGCCGGGCUACGCUUUAGACGAACCUCUGCUCAAAGAAGAGUUUCAUGCCCUCUUCCCACAUAGGCCAAUGCCAGCAGACUUUUCGACGACUGGCUUUUCACGCCCACGCUUUCAGCCAGCACGUUCCGGGGUUCGACUCGGACGAGGAACCGACACGAGACGCCCGUUCCCCGGAGGGGUCACCCUCGGGAUCUGCUUCAGAACCCUCGUAUUGGUGGGAUGA